AUCAGUUUCCAUAGCAACUUUGAUUAGUAUACAAACAAUAUGUCUCUGCACUGCUGCUUUGAAAAAGAAUAACAAAUAUUUUUAUAGUUUUCUACCUCAUUGAGUUAUUAUUAUUCCAGUAUGACAAGUUGUAGUUCCAUUUCUGUAAAUAAAUCUCCUGAUCAAAGAAGUAAAAGUUGUGAAACUGUGUGCUCUUCUAAUUCUGGAUGUUUCUUGCAAAAAAGAAAACCUAUUCAUCCUUUAGCAGCCAGUGUAAGAGGAACAUUAUCCCAUGCAAGCAGCAAGAGUAGCAACGUGAGACAAAGAGUUUUAUCUGCAAAAUUGUUGAAGCUGAGAAGUUUACAGAGCCAACUGAAUGAUGCCAACUACCAUUUGAAUGAGAUUCAACGCGAAAACCUAGCCCUCAAAACUUUGAACCAAAGACAAGACAAAGCUCUAGCCAGAUAUGAGGGGACGAAUGCUGAUCUUCCACGGUUGUUGCGGUCUCAUAGUGAGGAAAUUAGAAUUUUAACGGAAAAGAAUAAAUCUCUUCGUAAAGCCGUGAAAGACUUGACGGAUUUGGUUAAAACGAGAGAUGACGAACUGCUGUUAGUGAAGAAGCAACUGGAACACUUGGAAAAAUUGAAUAAAAAUAAACAUUUAGGCGAAAGACAGAAAUUAAGCGAUCAGGUGGAAGAAUUGAAGCAGAAACUAGAAUCUGCAGAUGGUCAAAUUAGCACGUUGAAUCGAAAAUUACUAUUAGAGGGAAAAUCGUCAAAACAAAAACAAUUAGUGGAAAACGUGAAACAUAAGGAAUGUCAAAAAAAUUUAAUGCAAGCUCUAGCUGAAAUCGAAAGAUUAACGGGAUUGGUGGACGUGAACAGUGUGAAUGCGAACAAGAAAGAAGACACCAAACUACCCCUACGUAAAAAAAUGCCCGAAAGGGAAAGCAAAUCAUCGAUUCCUUCAGAAGACAAGCUGAGCGACAGACGCAGUGAAGAAUCGCUGACGAAGGAAUUGCCGAAUGGUAUUAGUGAAGAUUUUAAGAUUCUGCCGAGGUCGGAAGAAACGUGCUUACUCGAUGCAAAUGGCGACUUGAUUUCGCCAAUUGAAACUAUAAAGAACAGAUUGUCUUCCGAGAAAAGGGCCAUCUUAGACUCGGAAAAAAAUGACCUCGAGAAAUCGAAAUGUAGUAUUAGGCCUAGCUCGUCGCAAAAAUUAGCAAGUCUGAGCAAUAAUAUAGACUCAAUAAUACAAAGAUCCAAAGAGAACGGUUUAUCCCAAUUCGAUAGAACACUCGGAGAUUACUGUAGUCAAGUCAUGAACACAGUUAAGAGCUGCAGUAAAGUGGUUGAAGAUCAUCAAGAGAGUCUGGAUCAAUCGAGAAACGACACAGAAACUAUAAGGGAUGCUGUGGACGAAAUAAAAGCAUUGGAUGAUCAACUAAAAAGGAACAGCAUAUUUUCGAUAGACGCAACGGAAUUGAAAAAGAUACUGAAAGCCGACAAAGAAGAGAAGAAGAAUUUGAGAGAAUCGAUCAGAAAUACAGAAGUCAAAUUCAGAGAAGACCCGAAAGCGAAACUUUUAGCUACUCUACGUGCCAUCGAUAAUGGAGAUUACAUAGAUAACUUUGAAAAUGAUGACAUUACCACCUCAACAGACGAAAUUUAUGAGAAUUUUCCGAAUUAGAUUUUGUUGAUAAUGAUAUAUACUCAUCAAGGUUAUUUUUUCUAUUUAUUUUAUUAUAGAUUUACAUUAUCA